GGUUUAUCAAUUGGUGCUAGGGUUUCAAUUUGGAGUUUGAAGUGAAUCGAAAUUAGAAGAGGGAAGAUUGUGGAGUGUGAAUCAUGGAUGAUACCCCUUCAACAGCUUUAGCGUACCUUAAUCCAUCUUACUGGGAUGAGAGGUUUUCAAAGGAGGAAAAAUAUGAGUGGUUCAAGGAUUAUUCCCAUUUUCGUCACCUCAUUCAACCCCAUCUCACAACCCAUUCUUCUGUACUGGAGCUUGGAUGUGGAAACUCACAAAUGUGUGAAGAGCUACAUAAGGAUGGAACAACAAACAUAACUUGCAUUGAUAUUUCACCUGUUGCAGUAGACAACAUGCAAAAACGGUUACUUUCCCGGGGUUUCAAAGACAUAAAAGUGCUGCAAGCUGAUAUGCUAGAGCUGCCUUUUGAGGAUGAGUGUUUUGAUUUGGUUAUUGAGAAAGGAACUAUGGAUGUAUUGUUCGUGGACAGUGGUGACCCAUGGAAUCCGAGGCCUGAAACUAUAUCCAAGGUCGUGGCCAUGUUGAAAGGUGUUCACAGGGUUUUGAAAGCAGAUGGCACAUUUAUCUCGAUAACUUUUGGCCAGCCACAUUUCAGGCGUCCUAUAUUUAAUGCACCAGAUUUCAGCUGGUCUGUUGAGUGGACUACUUUUGGUGAAACCUUUCACUACUUUGUCUUUGUUUUGAAGAAGGGACAGAGGUCAUCACAUGAGGAUAUACCACCUGUUAAGAGGUUUGAAGCACCGCCUAUUAAUUUACUCCAUGAAGAGUUAGAAAGUGAAGAUUUUGCUUUCCGAAUCAACGUUGAUGAGUUGAACUAUUAGACUGUAUUGUAAAGAUUUUUUGUUAUCAGUUUUAAUUUAUUUUACUUGCUGCUAUUUUUAUUCCCUUAGCUUGAAGGAGGAAUGCAAUUAUCUUAACUAAUGGAUUUAGGCACACAGAUGUUGUACCAAAAUAGUAAUUUUAUUUUG